UUCGCUAAUUAACGCGCACCCUGGACGCGACAACAGAGUUUUGCUGUAGGUGCGAGUUUCGAGCAUUGCUCUACCUGAUAUUCACUACCACCUAAAGCUGCGCUGGUUGUGCAUCCAGUAGCUCACCAAUAUGCCGGAAAUUCUCCCUGAAGCCUACUCCAACCCCAUUGCUCCACCUGACGGGGACGUUGGAGAGAAACGUAACCUCAGCAACGAUGACUUCCGGAGGCUGAUGAUGACUCCUCGCGUCUCCACUUCGUCUUCCGGAGCCUCCGCCAUGGAGACCCCAGUCUCUGCCAAGAAACCGGCUCCGUCCGGCCACAAGACAAGGUCAGCCUCCACGAGCUCCAUAGGGAAGAGCAGCAGUCAUGGAGGAUCCGCGGACAAAACUAUGAAGAAGACGCUCUAUGCAAAGAUGAAGAAGGAGGAGGAGGAGAGGGAGGCGGAAUGGGCCAAGAAGUACAGGGACAGAGCAAAGGAGCGUAGGGAAGGAGCUAAUCCUGACUACACCGGUGUUGAAGAUCCUGCACCGACCAACUCUGGAUACAGAGCUGUAGCUCCUAAUGUCGAUCCUAAGGUGCAGGAAGAGCAGAGGAAGAAGGAGAUACAGGAGUCCAAAUACCUCGGAGGAGACAUGGAGCACACUCACCUCGUGAAAGGUCUCGACUAUUCUCUUCUUCAGAAGGUCCGCAGUGAGCUGACGUACAGAGAGCAGCAGGAGGAAGAGAUGUACCUCCUGGAGAAGAAGAUGGAGAAGGAGAGGAGCAAGGCCGAGGCCCUCCAGGAAGACAUCACCUUCAAGACAAAGAUGGCUAAAGGCGUGUAUCGUACUCUUUUCCUCUCCAAGCCCCCGGAAAAGAACGAGCACUUUUUCCCCGGACGAAUGGCUUAUGUGUUUGAGUUGGACGAUGAGUAUGCAGAGAGUGACAUUCCGACCACUCUCAUUAGGAGCAAGGCCGACUGCCCCACUGUUGAGGUUACGACCCUGACAACCAACGACAUUGUCAUCAACAAGUUGACCCAGAUCCUCUCCUACCUGAGACAGGGGGCCCGCAGUGGUAAGAAAGGUCGGAAGAGAGACAGAGGACCUGCUGGCAAGGGCCUCCUCACCAGAGACGAGCUGCCAGCUGAACCACCCAAAGAGGAUAGCAUCUACCCAAAUGUGGGAGAAUACGUGUUUGACCCAAAGUCUGCUCAGCCAAAGGCCGCCAUGGGCGCAGGAGCUGUGUCAGGGGCUCAGCCAACCACAAACUACUUUGGGAAAUCAGCACUGGAGGAUAAUGAAGGAGUCACAGCUAAAGCUAUAAAGAGAGAGACGGAGCAGUUUGUGAGAGCCGUGGCUCAGAGGUUCCCCGGACAAGAGGCUCCUCCAACUCUUGGAGAAUCUCCAUGGGCCUCAGCCAAACAGCAGCAGCAGCAGCAACCUGACCAAUCCUCACGGACAGGAAGGGUAGCCCCUGCUAUUAGUGACAGUGGACCAACAAAGAGAGGUGCCACCAGCAGCGGAGCUAGCAAUUCUGGGUUCGGCGGUCUCCUCGAGGGACACUAUGCGGAGUGCUAUCCUGGAAUGGCGGAAGAAUACGACGCAACUUACGACAGCGACGACGAGGCCGACUACACCAAGAUGGACAUGGGUAACAAGAAGGGACCAGUGAAGAGGUGGGACUUUGAAACGGAGGAAGAAUACAGCAGCUACCAGUCUGGCCGAGAGGCAAUGCCAAAGGCUGCGUUCCAGUACGGGGUGAAGAUGAACGACGGACGAAAGACGAGAAGGUUUGGUGGUCUCAGUGAUAAGGCCAGGGAGAAAGCCAAGCUCAACAGAGAGUGGCAGCAAAUCUCUCAGGUACGUAAAUGUGUACACAUACCUACUGGAGACUAUUAUACUCAGGAGGGAGGGCUUUUCUUCACUUUGCCUCUUAUGAGGCUGUGUCAUUUCUAUCCAGCACUCAUUGUCCAGAUUCUCCCAAAGUAUAUAUGCACCAAAAUUCUUUCACUCAACCUGUAUAAUAACUAGAAAUAGUUGGUCAGCUUUUGUUGCACCAGCUAAAAAACUUAGAGACUAGAGACUGCCGGUGAUUUAGAUUUCAUGUACAUUAUUAUGUGUGCAUCUAUUCAGAUAAUCGACAAGAGAAAGAACAAGCCAUCUGCUGAGUAAGUCGUGCAUAAUACAAUCAAUGCUCUGUCAAUUUAAUUCUGCUCUGUUGUGUCACAUUUUACUCAGAUCUGCUGCCAAGAAACAACGGUUGGAAUGAACUUUUUGACUAUUAUCAUUGACUGAAGCUUCCACAUAAUCUGCGUGAUGCCAUUAUAAACAGUGUGUCUUUAUGUGCCACAUUGUAAAGCUGCAGAUCAUCAUAGUUAAUAUAGUCCGGUUCUCUGCCAUAAGAUUAUGAGCUGCAGAUGCCAUUGUCGUCCUGACAACCUUGGGGUGAUAGAGCGGGCGCUAAAUAGAGUUUCCCCGAGCUGCAUGCACACACUUCCAUCACUGUGUCGCUGGUGGAAGUGUCAGUGAUGGGGAGGUUGUUCAGCAAAAUGGAAGACGAAGACAGCACAAUCUAGCCAGUACUGGAGGCUAAACUCAUAUCAGCAUUAGACGAAAUUUCGACCCCCUCACUCCCCCCAGUGAAGCCCCCCUCAAUUUUCAGCCCUCCGUCGCCUCCCACCAUCUCGAGUCUCCCUCCCCUGGCCUCGAGAGUGAGAUCUCUCCCUGGCAGCGCUCUCACUGAGCUGGUCUGUACCCCUGCCUCCACUGUUAGCCCCAGAGGACCUCCAACCUUUGGCGUGAGUCUGCAGACGACAGUGAUGAUAAGUCUGAUUGCAGCGUGAACAACGCACGCACAGCAGGUGCACACUGCUCCUGGUGAGGAUGAGCAGUGCACUCAUGUGCAUAGACUCAGAGAACGCAUUGGAUGAACUGUUGCUUGUAACAGUGACUUCGUCACGGUAGAGAGAGAGUAGAGAGAGACAUCUGUGACUCUCCACCGUUCCUGAGAUCGUCUGACGCGCUCUCUCGAGACUGAAUCAGUAGCGACUUGGUCCCUGAACAUACAGAGUGUCGGUAAACUCCGCUCUUCCCUGCAUCCGCAGCCCCGAGUCUGUGAUCCGCAGGUUCCCCAUUCCGUGCACGUUGAAGUCGAGAACGAAAACGAUCCAGAGAGUGAGUCCGAGAUUAACUAGGAUUAGCACCAACAUCAGCAGCAGGGAAAAGUAGAGGCACCGUUUCUUCCACCCGUAUAUCCCUGGAGUUGCAGGAUUAAAUCCGUCCGCUAUCUCUUCCUCGGGACCUUCUGCUACACCUGCUACCAUCUCCAUCUCCAUCUCUUCCAGUUCAGCUGCCAUGUUUUG